AGAUCUCAAACUCUGAAAAUUAGAGAGUUUUAUUCUUGCCUCUUGGUGGGUUCAAGGCUCUCCAAUGGAGAGAAGUAUUUCACGAAGUGUUUCUAGAAGUGUUUCUAGAAGUAGUUCUCGUGGAGGAAACAAUUUACGUGUGGACAGUUACAAUUCUUAUUUUGGAAGAGAGAGUGCUUCUGAUGUGUUUCGUCGAUCUUCUCGUGCUGUUAGAGAAGAAGAUGAUGAAGAAGCUCUGACAUGGGCUGCUAUACAGAAACUUCCUACAUGGAAUCGUAUGAGAAAAGGGUUACUUGCUGGAGUGGAAGGUGAUAUAAAGGAGAUUGAUAUUGAAUGUCUUGGGCCACAAGAGAAGAAGAUUUUGAUUGAGAGGUUAGAAGUUGAGAAUGAGAAGUUCUUCUUAAGGCUCAGAAAUCGCAUUAAUAGAGUUGGAAUUGAACUUCCAACAAUUGAAGUUCGAUUUGAGCAUUUAAAUGUCGAUACAGAGGCUUAUUCGGGAAGUAGAGCUCUACCCACAAUCCCCAACUUCACUAUUAAUAUGUUAGAGGGAUUCUUGAGCUCUCUCCGUCUUCUCCCUAGUAAAAAGAAGCCAUUAUCAAUCCUUGAUGAUGUUAGUGGAAUAAUCAAGCCGGGCAGGAUGACAUUGCUUCUAGGUCCCCCAAACUCAGGAAAAACAACACUCCUGCUGGCUCUUUCUGGAAAGCUUGACAGAAGCCUAAAUUUCUCAGGAAAAGUAACUUACAAUGGCCAUGGAAUGGAUGAGUUUGUACCACAGAGAGCAUCUGCAUAUAUUAGUCAAAGGGAUCUCCAUAUAGGGGAAAUGACAGUGAGAGAAACUUUGGCUUUUUCUGCAAGAUGUCAAGGAGUGGGAAGUACUUAUGAUUUGUUUUCUGAGUUAACAAGAAGAGAAAAAGAGGCAAAUAUCAAGCCAGAUCCUGAUAUUGAUCUUUUCAUGAAGGCAGCAGCACUACAAGGGCAGGAUGCCAGUGUGAUCACAGAUGUAAUUCUAAAGAUUUUGGGCCUUGAGGUUUGUGCUGAUACCUUAGUGGGAGAUGAAAUGCUAAGAGGUAUCUCUGGAGGACAAAGAAAGCGUCUCACAACAGGUGAGAUGCUGGUUGGACAAGCAAGGGCACUUUUCAUGGAUGAGAUAUCAAAUGGCUUGGACAGUUCAACAACAUAUCAAAUUGUGAAGUCAAUGAGGAAUUACAUUCAGAUUUUGGGUGGAACAGCCUUCAUCUCCCUCCUCCAGCCUGCACCGGAAACUUUCGAGCUGUUUGAUGACAUUGUUCUAUUAUCUGAUGCACAGAUUGUGUACCAAGGGCCCAGGGAAUAUGUUCUUGAGUUCUUUGAGUACAUGGGAUUCAAAUGCCCUGAGAGGAAGGGAGCUGCAGACUUCUUACAAGAAGUGACAUCAAGAAAAGAUCAGCAACAGUACUGGAAUGAUAAAGACAAGCCUUACAGGUAUGUUUCUGUGAAGGCAUUUGUAGAAGCAUUCCAGUCAUUCCAUGUUGGCCGGAAGCUAGGAGAUGAACUUGCUACACCAUUUGACAAAACCAAGAGUCACCCCGCCGCUUUAACAACUGAUAAGUAUGGUGUCAGCAAAACAGAGCUGCUGAAAGCUUCUAUAGAUAGAGAAUUGUUGUUGAUGAAGAGAAACUCAUUUGUCUAUAUUUUCAAGACAGUCCAACUUGUUGUUAUGGCAUUCAUAACAAUGACAAUUUUCCUGCGUACUAAGAUGCACCGUGAUUCAGUACUUAAUGGUGGUACAUACGCGGGUGCUCUGUUCUUCGCUCUCAUGUCAAUUAUGUUAAAUGGAUUCUCAGAGGUGGCCAUGACUAUCUUGAAACUUCCUGUAUUUUACAAGCAAAGAGACCUUCGAUUCUUCCCUUCAUGGGCAUACUCACUACCCACAUGGGUUCUAAAGAUCCCAAUCAGUUUCAUUGAAGUUGCAGUUUGGGUGUUCAUGACAUACUAUGUCAUUGGCUUUGAUCCAAAUGUUGGAAGGCUGUUCAAACAGUACCUCCUCCUUCUAUGUGUCAGCCAAAUGUCUUCCGGAUUGUUUCGAUUCAUUGCAGCAGCGGGUAGGAAUGAGAUCAUUGCAAACACAUUUGGGUCCUUCAGUUUGCUGAUCAUCCUGGUUAUGGGUGGAUUUAUCUUGUCACGUGAUGACAUAAAGAAGUGGUGGAUAUGGGGCUACUGGAUCUCUCCUAUUAUGUAUGGUCAAAAUGCAAUUUCAGUGAAUGAGUUCCUUGGGAAAAGUUGGAGCCAAGUUCUACCCGGUUAUACUGAGACUCUAGGAAUGGAAGUCAUGAACUCUAAGGGGUUCUUUACUGAAGCAUACUGGUAUUGGAUUGGAGUAGGAGCAUUGAUUGGUUAUGUUUUCCUGUUCAACCUUUUUUACACUUUUGCACUCGCUUAUCUUAACCCAUUUAAGAGCUCUCAGGCAGUUCUUACUGAAGUAGAAAAUUCUACCAAUGAAACAACAGAACUUACAGACAUAUCAUCCAAGAAGAGUAGCAUUGAGGAAAGCAGAAAUGGAACUCAAGACAAAAGGCGGGGAAUGGUUCUUCCAUUUGAAUCUCUUUCCAUCAGUUUCGAUGAUAUAAGAUAUUCUGUUGACAUGCCACAGGCAUUGAAAGCACAAGGUGUUAUAGAAGAUCGGUUGGAGCUUCUCAAGGGAGUGAGUGGAGCUUUUAGGCCUGGAGUCCUUACCGCUCUAAUGGGUGUUAGUGGUGCUGGCAAGACCACUUUGAUGGAUGUGUUAGCAGGAAGAAAAACUGGUGGAUAUAUCGAUGGAACCAUCACCAUAUCAGGGUACCCUAAGAAGCAGGAGACAUUUGCCCGUAUUUCAGGAUACUGUGAGCAAAAUGAUAUCCACUCCCCCAAUGUCACAGUAUAUGAAUCUCUGCUCUUUUCUGCCUGGCUUCGAUUACCUUCAGAAGUCAAUGAAGAUGCAAGAAAGAUGUUCAUCGACGAGGUCAUGGAGCUUGUGGAACUGACUCCACUGAGGGAUGCAUUGGUUGGACUACCGGGGGUUAGUGGUCUAUCAACAGAGCAGCGAAAGAGGCUCACCAUUGCAGUUGAGCUUGUUGCGAAUCCUUCUAUAAUAUUCAUGGAUGAGCCAACCACUGGGCUUGAUGCAAGAUCAGCAGCAAUAGUGAUGAGAACAGUGAGGAACACUGUUGACACUGGAAGAACUGUGGUGUGCACCAUCCACCAGCCAGGCAUUGACAUAUUUGAAGCUUUUGAUGAGCUAUUCUUGUUGAAGCAAGGAGGAGAGGAAAUAUAUGUUGGUCCACUGGGGAGGUAUUCUUGUCAUUUGAUAGAAUAUUUUGAGGCCAUUGAUGGAAUAAGUAAAAUCAGAGAUGGUCAAAAUCCAGCUGCAUGGAUGCUUGAAGUUUCAUCAAUAUCCCAAGAAGCGACUCUUGGAGUCAACUUUGCGGAGCUUUACAAAAACUCUGAAUUGUACAAGAGGAACAAAACAAUGACAGAGGAGAUAAGCAAACCUUGCCCUGGUUCAAAAGAACUCCAUUUCUCUACUCGAUACGCACAAUCUUUCAUCAAACAAUGCAUGGUUUGCCUUCUGAAACAACAUUGGUCUUACUGGCGUAACCCAUCAUACACCGCCGUACGGCUUCUCUUCACAACCUUUGUAGCCCUCAUGUUUGGAACAAUAUUUUGGAAUCUUGGAUCCAAAAGCCGAACUCCACAAGAUCUCCUGAAUGCAAUGGGUUCUAUGUAUGCUGCUGUUAUCUUUCUUGGGAUACAGAAUGCCUCUGCAGUGCAACCUGUUGUAGAUAUUGAAAGAACAGUUUUUUACAGAGAAAGGGCUGCUGGAAUGUUUUCUGCUAUGCCAUAUGCCUUUGCACAGGUUGUCGUUGAGCUUCCAUAUGUCUUCCUCCAAAGUAUAAUAUAUGCUGUUAUAGUGUAUGCAAUGAUUGGGUUUCAUUGGGAGGUUCAAAAGUUCUUCUGGUAUCACUUCUUCAUGUACUUCACACUGUUAUAUUUUACCUUCUAUGGUAUGAUGACAGUGGCCAUGACGCCCAACCGCAACAUUGCUGCUGUAAUUUCUACAGCAUUCUAUGCUGUUUCAAACCUCUUCGCUGGAUUCGUAGUUCCAAAACCAAAAAUUCCAGUAUGGUGGAGUUGGUACUACUGGAUGAGCCCUGUUGCUUGGACAUUGUAUGGAUUGGUUGCAUCACAAUAUGGAGAUAUAAAAGAAAAGUUUAUAAAUGAAGUAGAAGUAGAUGAAUUUGUGAGUACAUAUUUUGGGUUUAAACACAGCUUUGUAGGAGUGGUGGCUAUUGUGAUUGUUGGGUUUGCAGUCUUGUUUGCAUUCCUCUUUGCCUUCUCAAUAAGGGUUCUUAACUUCCAGAAAAGGUAAUUAAGAUCUCAUAAUGAAUUCUGAGGAAGCUAAUCAAGCAAGAAGUCUCCAAUUCAGCCAUGAAGACAGACUUACCAGAAGCAAGACAAAAUACCAACAAUGUAGAGAAUAAUUUUGAAGCUCUAAAGUUUUU